AUGGCGAAAUUGAACACUAUUAUUGGGAAGUUUGCUAACAAGAUGGAUUCUACAAAUGUGAAAUUAAAUCAAGUAGUCCAAGCAAACAAUAAGGCUAUCUCUUCUAAGAAAGAAGUCAAACUUGAAGCAACAAUGGAGCCACACCACAGCGAACCGAUUCACGACGGUGAGCCUAACGACGUUAAAUCCACCCACACCUCAAGAGAUGAUAAGCAACCUCUCUCUGGAGAUGGAGCUAGUCCCGGGUAA